UGGGGUGGGAUGGGGUAGAGCUUCACCCCACACCAAACCCCACAUUUUGCAGCAUCUCCAUCUCAUCUUUGAGUCUAAUUAUACCAAGGUUAAAAAUAGGGCAGUGUCCAAAAGUAGCGCAGCUCUGAGGCAUCUGCUUAACCUCCUCAACCCAAUGCAGCUCCCAGAAUAGCAGAGCUUUGCUGGAUUAUCUCACACCUUCUUUCCAUUCUAAGCAGAAUGUUUGUAUCACUGAAACUCUGGGGUCUGUAGAUCAGCCUCUAAGCUGAUUAACGUUUCUAAUGGGCUUGGGGAAGGUCAGAGGUUUUUACUUCGGGACUAACAUUGAACGUGGACGGGAGCAAAGGGGCACUGCUGGGUGAGCAGCGGGACGGGGAGGACCAUUCCUGCCAGGCUCCUCUUUCUGGCCAUGGGGAACAACAGCAGCUCCACAGUGGACGACCUGCAGGCAGUGGAGAUCCACCACUGGUACAAGAAGUUCAUGACGGAGUGUCCGUCUGGGCAGCUGACAGAGCACGAGUUCAAGCAGUUCUUCGGGCUGCGCGGGUUGGACCCCCAGGCCAACGAGUACAUCGAGCAGAUGUUCCGUACCUUCGACAUGAACAAGGAUGGGUACAUUGACUUCAUGGAGUACGUGGCAGCCCUCAGCCUGGUGCUGCGGGGGAAGAUGGAGCAGAAGCUGCGCUGGUACUUCAAGCUGUACGAUGUGGAUGGGAACGGCUGCAUCGACCGCCAUGAGCUGCUCAACAUCAUUAAGGCCAUCCGAGCCAUCAAUGGUGGCGACCACGAGACGAGCGCGGAGGAGUUCACCAACCGCGUCUUCAACAAGAUCGAUGUGAACGGAGACGGGGAACUUUCCCUGGAUGAAUUUGUGGAGGGAGCGAGGAAGGAUGACGAAUUCAUGGAGGUGAUGAUGAAGAGUUUGGAUCUGUCGCACAUCGUGGCCAUGAUCAACAACCGCCGGCACAGCGUGUAAACGGGGCUGGGAGAGCGAGCCGGGGAGGACAGCGGUGCUGGGACAAAACUCCAGGCGUGACAGGGUGGAAAUGAGAAUGGAAAGGAACUGCCGUAGGUCUGCGGGGUCAGAGCACUUUGCUGCACGAGCGUGGACACUGUGCGUGCAGGGCAGGGUCGGAACAGUGGGGGCUGUGCAGCGCUGCACGGGAGUUUCCUGCAGCCCAAAGGCCAACGGCUCAGCACCCAGCACCCAGCACUGCGUCCCGCAGCUGCACCCACUGCACUGUGCGGCACAUUCAAUGCAGUGCCGGAGCUGCAGUGCUGCACUCAGUGCAAUGCCGGAGCUGCAGUGCUGCAUUCAAUGCAAUGCCGGAGCUGCAGUGAGCGCUGUGAGGACGCAGCGCGGAGGACCCUCUGCUGUGCACAGAACGAUCCCAGCGUUCUGGGGAUCCCAGCCCCGCUCUAACACUGCGCCACCAACAGCUCUGCAGCGCUCACACCGCACCCGGGGCUCCCGGCAGCUUUACAGCUCCAUCCGUAGGAACCCACGGGAUGAAGGGAAUCACCGCCUGGGGCUGACGGGACACCCCUGUCACAGCUGCACCGCUGCUGCCACGGAUGGGCAUAGCACGGGGCUGUGGUGCUGUGAUGGUGCUGUGGUGCUGUUACGGUGCUAUGAUGGUGCUGCAAUAGUGCUGCAGUGUUGCAGUGCUGCAGUGUUGCUGUGACAGUGCUGCAGCGCUGCAAUGAUGCUGCAGUGUUGUAGUAGUGCCGUGACAGUGCUGCAGUGUUGCAGUGAUGGUGCUGCAAUGAUGCUGCAGUGUUGUAGUGCUGCAGUGUUGCAGUCCCGGCCCUGAGGUGCAGCUCUGCUGCCAUCUAAGCUCCAGGUUCAGAUCUCCGCCCCCCCUCGCGGUGUCAGAUCGCGGCGUCCCGUCGCUGCUCCCCGCUCGGACCGGGCGCUCACGGACUCGUGGUGCUGAGCCGACGCACCGGGCCGAACCCACAGCCCGACCCGGCGGACAAAGCCCCGCGGUGCGGGAACGGGACAAGACGCAGAUUGUUGCUUUCUAUGCACGUCUGUUGCUCGUUAUUUAACUUCUCCUCCCCGUAUCCUCCAUUCCUGGGGCUCCUCUGGGCAGCACCAGCUGUCAGCAGUUUUCCCACGUGGGGUUUUGGUCUGACUCGCCCUUCACUGAAGGCUCAGAGCUGGUUCAGGUGGGCGGACAGACAGGAGCUGCGGUCUGUGCCUGCAUCCACCUCAUCCCUGUGCGGGUCAAUGGCUGCGGGCACCGUGAGCUGAGCUCGUCUCCCUGGGGAAGGUUCAUCUCGAGGGGAAGGGAUGGAAACGAGCGGAGAGCCCCAGAAAGCAGAAAGAUCCCGAAAAGGAACGUGGCAGCGGAGACCGGGAAAUGGAAACUCCACCUUGUUGUGAUGCAGAAACGGCAUUCAGUUCCCAUAGGGAGAAACGGGAAGAGGGGAAACCGGGGUCAGAUGAGGGAAAUCCUUCACCCAGAGGUGGCGCAGUGCCGGCCCCGCUGCCCAGAGCGGUGGGUGCCACAUCCCUGGGGGGGCCGAGGCCGUGGAUGGGCGCCGGGCAGCCCGAGCUGGGGGGCACCCAGCCCAUAACGGGGCACUUGGGGCUCAGUGAUGGAUUUGGUCCCUUCCGACUCAGCCGUUCCACGAUUCCGUCCCUCCUCCCGGCCUCGCGGGGCCGUCGGGCACGGUGGGAUCCACACGCAGCCCCGCUGCUCUGCCGGACGGGCGCCCGACUUUUGGUGACGGGUGUCGGAACGGAGCUGCCGUGCGCGGGGGAAGAGGGGAGGAGAACGGCCGCCCCUCGGGGCUGUGCGGGCACGGAGAGCAAACGGACGGUGAGGGCGGAGGAGCUCACAGCUACACGGAGCGACCGCGGAGGGCGAGAGGGGGCGGCGGCGUUUAUUGCAGCAAAGAGCCCCGAGCGGUGCCGCCACUCGCUUCCCCGUUCCCCGGUGCCGGAGCGCGGCGCUGCUGACGUGCGGAAUCAGACUCUAUAACCAGAGAUGGGUUAUAAAGCAGUGCUGCUGCCCAUGCUUACCCCGUGCUCGGCUCUUCCUGCCCCGGUUCCUGUCCCAGGUUCACGUUCCGAUGCCCAUCGUACCGUACCGGUACCGCCGCCCCGCGGUCA